GGGGCCCUGGCGGCGUGAGGGGGGGAAGCGGCUCGCCGUGGGGACGCCUGGCUCGGCGGCGGCAGCGAGAUGAGCGGCAAGGAAGGUGAUGGUGCGCCGCCUGCCGCUGCCUCCCGCGGGUCGGCGGAGCUCACGGAGCCGGCGGGGAACGGGGCGGCGGGAGAGGCGUGAGGAGGGAGGACGGGGGGAGAGGACCGGCUCGGCUGUGUGGUGCGCCAGCUGUUCCCUCGGCCGGGCCUGUGGCUGUGGCUAGCUCUAGCGGUCUCCGUCCCUGCUGUUAAAAAACAUGCAGCAAAAAACCGAACGUGUUAUUGAGCCUGUAAAGUGCUAGGAAGUGGCUGUCUAAUCUGGCCAUCAGCCUGUGUGCUGCUCAGGCAGAGCUCCCUCCGAGCAGAAAGCAGACAGUGCGGCUUUCCUUUGCUUUUCUGAUCUAUUUUCCUGUGAUUUUCUGAAAUUUGCAUUUCUAUUUCUGCAGUGGACCAUCAUCUCUCUCUCUUUCUGUCCAUUUUUUUGCCUCUGCUUCAAGAGGAUCUGGUUUUUUUUCUUCUUUUCCUGUGUGUUAUUUUGAUGUCCCCAACGUUUGGAGCAAGGCAGAGAGCUGAAUUCUCUGCGCUGCUUCAAGGCUCGUGUUUGUAACGUGCUCGGUGCUACAGGAAAAACAAAGCCCUGAACCCACGUCUGAACAGAAAAGAAGGAAGAAAUGAUUUUCGGUUUCCUCUUUUAGAAAGUAACAACGCCCACUUCUGGUUUGAGUUUGGGAUAAUAAACAAACGGAAGCAUUUUAAAAUCCAGUGUUCUUCUGUAACUUCUAAGUAGCUUCCUUUUGUUUUUCUUUUAAGGAAAUUAAGAGAGCUGCACAUAUUCGGAAAGGAUCAGGUGGCUUCAGAAAACGAAAGCACGAUAAUUUUCCACAUGGUCAAAGAAGAGAGGAAAAAGAGAAUGUUAAUCCUUCUUCUCCUUUGAUGACGUCUUUUAAAUCAUUUCAGCUGGAACUCGACACCAGGCAUGAUAAGUAUGAACGGCUUGUGAAGCUCAGUCGCGAUAUAACAAUCGAAAGCAAAAGAACGAUAUUUCUACUCCACAGGUAUAUCAGUGCUCCCAAUGGUGAAGAAGUACUAAAUGAAUCUGAAGUCAAGUUAGAUGCUGUCAGACGGAAGAUUAAGCAGGUUGCACAGGAGCUGAUUGGUGAAGACAUGUAUCAGUUCCACAGAGCCAUAUCUCCAGGACUUCAAGAAUAUAUUGAAGCUGUUUCAUUUCAGUAUUUUAUCAAAACCCGAUCUUUAAUUAGUAUUGAAGAGAUCAACAAACAACUAGUAUUUACAGCAGAAGACAGAGAAGAAACAACAAACAUGACCUCCACUUCCCAGGAUAAACAACCACACACUUGGAGCCUGAAGGUGACGCCUGUAGAUUACCUGCUGGGGGUGGCUGAUCUAACUGGAGAGCUGAUGCGACUGUGCAUCAGCAGCGUUGGAAACGGUGACAUCGACACACCUUUUGAACUGAGCCAGUUCUUACGUCAGAUUUAUGAUGGUUUUACUUUCAUUGGCAACACUGGACCUUAUGAAGUAUCUAAGAAACUGUACACUUUGAAACAGAGUCUGGCAAAAGUAGAGAAUGCCUGCUAUACGUUAAAAGUACGGGGCUCUGAAAUCCCAAAGCACAUGUUGGCUGAUGUGUUCUCCACCAAAACAGAAUUGAUUGACCAAGAGGAGGGUCUUUCUUAAAAUAAGGAGACUGUCACAGCCCGGAAGGGGAGAGGACUUACACAGAGAAAUCUUGUUAGUUAUGAUUUUUAGGGUUUUGACCCUCUCAAAGCUUUUUAGGUAGAGACAUUUUUAGUUUUGUCUAUGAGAAGAUUGUUUGCAAUAGUAAUUUGUAACCAAAAAUACUUUUUAUGGUGUGCAAGAGAACAAAUGUUUGACUUUGUCCUCUCAGCAUGGAAUUUCCUAUAUUGCUCCGUUGUAUCCUCUUUCAGAAUGACCAAAUGUUCCACUACGCUUUGCUCUGGUGACUGUCAGUAGUGCCAGUCACCUGAAACAGGUGUGGUCACUGUUAUCACUAAUUAGCAGUGGAAAAAAUGGUUAGGUACUGGUUGUUCAGCAUUAUCCGUAGGUUUUUGCUGAGCCUUGUUUUCUGACUGUUUGGGUUCUAUCUUCACAUUGUAUCUAAAAUAAUGCACCUCUAUGUGUAAAAGUUCAACCUUUGACUUGAAGCUGAGGUGGUCUUGAAAAGGUGCCAUAUUAAUGAUUUUAAGCAUGAGACUGAAGCUAAGUCAACCUUUCUCCAGUUGGUAAUGAGGCUAAUUGCAGCAAGCAUGUAUUACUGUGCACUCAUCAUUUGGGGGCUCUGUUAAAAUUGAGCUCUGUUUAAGUUACACAGAUUCUUUAGAUAUUUUGAUAUGAGUUAGAAAAUCAUUUAAAAAUGUGGAACUUAAUGGUUUACAUUUUGGUAACACAUUUUAAUGCAGAAUCUUCCAUUUUUUGUAGACAAAAGCAGAAGAAAGACCGGCCAAGUAUGCUUAACACACAUAAAUUGGUUAAGGCAAGUGCUUCUUGCACAAAACGAAUGAGGCUUUGUGCUGGAAGUCUGUUCUCUGUUGUUUGUGCUGCCCUGAGGACCUCCAGUGGGGCUGAGCUGGUAUAAGUAUAGAAGGGGCCAGCCAAGCUUUAAAUAUCUGUUAGCAGGAACUAUAUCAUGUGCAUGUUCCUAUGGAAAGGAAAUUGCAAACAGAAAUAAGGCAGACAUUCUGACUUCCAGGUUUAUCUUUGAGGUGGGUAUGUCACCGCUGGCAAAAAAUCAGGGCUUUCUGCCGGUGUCUGAAGUUAUGGAAGUCUGAUAAUGUACGUUAUGCUAAAGGAAAACAGAUAAAACAACAUGAUCUUUAGACUCCAGGAAAUAGGCCUCCCAACUGCAAUUGAAAAUACUGCAUGUUUUUUAUUUCCACUUCCAUAUGCUGUGAUAGUGCCAAUAUUUUUCCCAUGAGCAAGUCCUGAGUAGCACGGAUCAUCUGAUACAUGGACAGGAAUGGGUAAAUACAUUUCUGUCACAUUUUUUCCAUUGUUUCCACAUAAAGCAAUAUGUGGUGGGUACUUUUUCCCCCCCCCUAUUAUUACUUUUUUUUUUUUCUUUUUUAAACAAUAAAUUCUGAAAGCAGUCACUGCCUGGAUGUUGGGUUUUUUAGCUGUUUAGUCCUAGAGGUAAAUAAAGGUGCGAGUAUCCCCCUGA